AUGCCUUCCAGCUGGGCGUCCGAAGAAGAUGAAUCUCUCCGAGAGAAAGGCCUUCAGAAGGGAUACCCCGUGCCGAACCUCGCCACGGUCAAAGAUUUUGUGCGCUUUUACGUAUCCUCUACCGACGGAAUUCUCACGCUGCGUCCUACAAAAUCUUCCGUGCUGAACUUUGCGGAACGGUUCUUUGCCGGAUACACUCGCAUUACAAAGUCAGUCUUUGAUAAGAAGGAUUCUGAUGAUGUGUAUACGUUCAUCAAAAAAAAACUCGUGAAAGAGGAAAAACAGAUUGAGGACGUAAAAAGACCACGAAAUAUGUUCACCCACUGCGACCUGACAAACAUUCUUGUGUCACUGUGGAAUGACGAUGACCCUGUUUUCAUUCAUCCGAGGUAUAGAGUGCAGAUGGCAUUCACUAUCAUGAUAUAUUGCUACUCGGGUGCUCGAAUUGGCACGUUUAUACCGGACACAUCCAAAGCAGACGAGCGUGGACUACGCUACCAAGACAUCGAGCUCUAUAUCUACCGCAGACCCGACGAUGGUGAGUUAGAGCUGUUUUUCCGCCUUAGCCAGAUAUGGGUUAAGAACAAUGACAAUCCGAAGCAUACGGUCUUCCGUCUCGCGAUGAGGGAGCACAGAAAGUUCCGGUUCAAUCCUGUCGGCUGGUUGUUGGAGAUGGCGAUUCAGGACGGCAUGUUUGCACACGUCGACUCCUUGAAGGCCUUGAAAAGAUGGAAUCCCGAUCAUAACGAUCCAGUGCUCCUCCAGUGGAAACCAUCUAUUGCAGGGGAGCCCGUUCUACGAACAGUCACCAUGGCCGGUGGUAUAUCAAAACGUCCGUGGACCCGAGUGAGUUUCUGCAAGCUAUUUAGAGCGGUCGUCAUCAAUGCGGGAUAUCCCGAAAUUAUAACGAUCCAUAGCUUAAGGCGUGGUCUUGCAAAUAGACUUGACAAAGUGGCGACCGAGGCCGAAAGGAGCCAGGUACUUACCCAGAAAGAUGAGAAUGUCUUUGGAAGAAGCUACAUCGACAGUACCUCAGCACUUAACACCAUGGAUGCGUUCCUUGGAGAGAAGAUGCGCCUUGACCACGUUGAAUACCUUCGAGGCGUUGGUAAAUACCGUGUGGUUGGAUAUCCGAGACGUCUGCCGGCAGAGCGGGAGCAUGCUCUUGGACAAGAUAAAGCCUUACAAGAGCUCGAACGGCGGCUUCGAGAGCUGCAGAGCGAUGACGAUGGCAAGGGUGGCGAUGACGACGCUGGUGUUGCUGGUGAUGAGGACGUCGAAUUUGCUAUCAAGCUUACCAAGAAGCAGCUGCAGGUUCAAAGGACCCGCCUUUACAACACCGAACUAGGAAAAUACCGAGAUGAGUGGAUCCAGAACCGCCUCGAGGCGCAGGUAAAAUCGGGAGGCAAGGCUUUGGAUGUGGUUGUGUAUAACGAUAUUACACAAUGCCUCUUCAAGGCACAACCUGAACGGCAGCGCGUCGCCGAGUUGAUGCCAUCAGACAAGACUUUCUCUUAUCAGGAGAUGAUCUCCACCGUUGAGGACCUCCUAGUCUAUUGUACCAAAGACUAUGAUGUUUUCUACCGGCCGGGGGAGGAGCCCAUUGAUGGAAGGUGCCCUGUGUGGGGUUGUGAUCUGGAUCGUCUUAAAUGCGCGGACCGGUCUAAUCACGUUCAAAACUGCCGGUUUCAGGAGCGCUGCAAGGCCUCUGGCUGUAAAGACACUCAGUUGAAGUACUGCUACGAAUGCUUUGAUUUCUUCAAUGUGGUAGAGUGGGAAGGCCAUUGCAAGAACCAUCUCCAGCACGAUAUUUCCAGGAGAUGUGAAAUAAUCACGUACUGUCAUACCCUCGUUCGGCCUGGCUAUUGUCCUUUUUGUCUCGGAUGCGAUAGACUUCCUCCCUCACGACGAAUGGAUGCUUGGAAACGGAGCAAUGAGUUGAGGGCUCAUGUCAAUGAAGAUAUCAAGCGGAUGAGCGAUAACUAUAUCUGUUCGCAUCCCAUGUGCAACGUCAAAUUUGACUCCGAGAUGCACCUUCGUUACCACUUGAGCGAUAUACAUGGGAUGAAUAAAGCAAUCUGGUCUCAAGUGGGUGAUCUUGGUAAACCCCCAAAGAACAAAGGUCUUAACGAUCAGGUCACCUCACAUGCUGGUGCCGGUAAGAGGAAAGGACAGGGCCUGCUAGGGCAAAGAGAGAAGAAAAGGAGGCAAGUCGGUCAAGGACGGCCUGAAGACCUUCAAAUCAUCAUGUGGGAGUAUCCAGAUCCUCCGAAUCACCGCGUAUUAUCCUACGAUGACCCUAUUCCUGCUGGAAACUCAUCCAGCUCACCAUCCGCCAAUCCAGAAGAUCUUGUAAUCGAAUUCUGGGAGCGCCCUGUUGAGACCAACAGGAAUCUAGUCGGACUGUGCACGACAGGGCCAAUACUCAGCAGCACCACUGAUGAAAGGCCCGUCGAAAAUAAUGAGCAUAUUCCUGAUUACAAUGGCUGUUCUCCUUGCACCUCUAGCUGGCCUAGUCCUCCUGACCUCACUACAAGCGUCGCGUCCGAGUCUUUUCGUACGAGCCCCGAGCUUCCGCCGAUCGAUCCACAGAUCCUGCCUGGGGCAAAGGACUGGUCAGUCGGACUAGACAAGGGUGCAUUUGAAUUUGAAGAAAAGAAGGAAGAGGCUGUGCUUGGGCCCCAUGGAUCUUCUUUGGAUUCCGAAAUCUCGACCCCGGCCGAGAUAUUACGAUUCAAUAAACCCCGGUUGAUGGAGGCAAGAGAGCCGAGUACGGGUAGACAGACGAACUGGACUGAGGCCAACACUAUCCAGGAGACGACAGAGAGGCAAGACAAGAAUUCUCAAACUCCAUCGGCAUCGGCUUUGGCUCAGUCCUCAUCUACGGUGGAUUCAUCGAGGAACUGCACUUUAGGGCGGGGUCCAAUUACUAGAGCUCAAAAACGAGCUGCACAGUCUCAAGAAAACUACAUGGUAUCUCACAAGUUUAGGCGAGUGACAAGGUCCUGUUUUGCCAGACAGAAUGCGCUCUCUUUGAAAAAUUAG